AUGCUUCAUGUACUAGAGGCCACUAAUCAAUCAAAAAGCAGCGGACUUAGCUGGGAGCUACGGCACAAAACGGGCAGUGUAUGUUUCUCUUCACUGAAUGUGACUGCUUACCCUGCAUGCAAAGCCCCCAUCUCCAUAGAGUCUUCUGGGCAGCAUAAUGAGGAGUUGUGGUUGUUCGAUUUGUCACUGGCUUCAGCCGCAGCCGCCGCAUCCCAUCCAACAGCCGAUAGCAGAUAUGGAGAGCAGGUUUCGGCUCCUAUAAGGAGUUGUCAUUGCAUUUUCCAGUAUCAGACAAGGCUGUGGAAGUGCGCAGAGCCUUCCCCCUCCACCGGGCCUGAUGGGGUCUUUACGUCGUUAGGUUCCAUGAAUGCUCUUUUCCUGCGACAUCUCCUGCAUCCCCGCGGCACCUCGCGCACUGGCGAGACCAUGCCGACACGAUGUGUACGGUGUGCAGCAGCUGCUGCUCCCCGCCUUUUGGGGUUGCCGUAUCAUCCUCGAGCUCUCUGGAGUAUUACGGUUGAAAGCAGAAGCGGCAGAGCUGCUUUCGCAGAAUGCAGAACGAGGCGUGCGUGUUGCAGCAGCGGGAAUGGAAUUCGCACGUAUCCCGUGAGUCGCAUGAAGAAUGCGAGAGGCCCUCAAGGUUCCCACGAGGCCGCCUCUUGGGCAAUGCCUCGUUCUAAGGCGCAACCCCGGUGCUUCUCCACCGCUACUGCAGACUCUUCAGCAUCCAUCAGUAGCAGCAGCAGCACGACCUCUUCAAGUGCCUUUUCGUUCACGCUCCUGAAGGAGGGGAGCGACCACUGGCUGUCGCGUCUGGCUGCAGCCACGCUGCAGCAGCGUCGAGAGUUCAUAAGGAUCCGGGAAGCAGCCCUAGGCAAUUGGCAUUCAGCAGAUCCUUUGUCUCUGUAUCAACGUGCCGCGGCAGUGGUGGAAGAAAAAGAAGGAUAUCGAAUAAGCCCAGUCGCUAUCGUGCUGUUUCAAGCAGAGUACGCAGGGAGAUUUCUUUCCCCCUGCCCCCCCUCCCUUGGACCUUCUCCGACCCCGUGUCAGAAAGCGUCUCCCCCUGCGAUUCCAGCGGGGGCAGCAAACUGUGGCUUCCUUGCCAUAGAACUGCUUGCUGUAGACAGCGGGGAAUCUCGCUUGCUCCGUGCAUUUGGCGUGAGCUCUGUGCCACACUGUCUCCUCCUCGAGAGAGGGCGCGUGUCUGAAGAGCUCCCCGCAUGCGCGUCAAUGGCACGCCGUCAGGCCUUUCUUGCUUCCGCAUUUACCGCGAUCGCUUCUGCCAGUGCCGUGAAACCCCUGUACCCAGUGAGUGUCUAUGGAGGAGAGGAAUAUUUUGUGGGUGUGCUGCUGCGUUGGUCGGCUGCUGCUGCAGUGGCCUCUGCUCUUGGCAAAGAUCCUCGAGAUUCUCAGGAGAUUGAGGUCCUUUCCCCACUAGAGCCUUUUGUUGCUGCUGCUGCCUCCCCCAUUUUUCCCAACGCGCCGCUUCCCCGUUGUGCGUGGAUCGUCGCUGUCAAACUUGGACUGUCUGUGGUGUGCCCUUGGUGGUAUACUGCUGUUGUGCCUCAGGUGCUGCUGCAUCAACUCAAGUCGGCUGUGCUGCUACCCGCGGCUUCCUCUUCUUCUUCCUCGUCGUUUUCUUCUUCUGCUGCUGCUGUUGCUAAACCUUCUUCUUCAGUGCCUCUUUCGCCCAUCCCCGCAGCCACGCGGCAGCCACAGAGUGCGACGUCAAAAAUCAUGCCCGCUGCCCUUUGCCACGGCGACUAUCUGCUGGAUAGCGAUCCAGCAGCUGCUCGGCUCGCGGCGCGAGCGACUGUGGCUCUGUUCGACUCUGCGGGAGUGGCGACGGAGGUGAGGAAGCGCAUGCGCAAGGAGAAAGGCGGAGGGAUGCCUUCUCCCCCCUCUGCGUCUGCCACAGAGGCUGACUCCUCCUCCACGAUGGCGAAGCUGCAAGCGGCCUUGGAUAAGCUUCUUGAGACGAACGAGCCACAGUGGGCUGUCGAUGACUGCCCGAACAUCCGUUCUGCCGCACUGUACAAUCAGCUCGUUCUCAAUCUAAGCCUCUUUCAGCGCGCUCGCGGUGCAGCGCACUAUCCACCGAAGCCUUCUGCUCUUGGCCUCAUGGCGUCAAGGGCUGUUUCCAGCACGAAUGCAUGGCUAGCUGCGCCCAGCUGGCAGCGAGCGGCGUGGCUAGCGCGUGUGCGGCGCUGCCUGGCAGCCCGGCUGUUUCUCGAUGGCUCCGAAUCCGAAGGCUUGCGGCUUGCCGCGUCCUCGCAUGCUGCUUUUUUGCGAGAUGCCGCACAGCACAACUGCAUAGAGGUCAAGCUUGGGGGCGAAUUCGCUGCCUCUGCUCUGACCCCCGUGUCGGCGUUUCCAGACGAGGACGGGAGCAGGAGAAGUGGUGCAGAAACAGCUCAUCCCUUGAACUUGUGGAUGGAACCAAGAGCUCCCAACCCUGGCAGAGCCCUGCUGAGCUCCAUGUACACUGCAUUAGGUACGCUUCUUCCUAGUGAGACACUGCAAAUCAGGGUGCAGACGGGAGGCUCGCUGGCCGAUCUACAAGUGCAGGAACGGGUACUCAGAGGAACACAAUUGAAGGGGCGGCCCGAUGACUUGCGCGUGCUGCACACUGCUGCGGAGUUUGAUGUGAUGGUGAAGGCACAUGAAUUCCAUGAAGCAAAAUUUAGCCAUACAAAGGCGCGCAGAGGAGGCAAACCCAGGAUGAUGCGGGGUCGGUCGGGCCGGUGGUUCUGGUUAGGCCCUUACUGGAAGCCACCGUGGGCCCCCCGUCGGACAUCCGUGGUCGAAGACUGGCAUCUGACAAAUGCUGCUGCGUAA